UGUCCCCGUGUCGGCGCUGGCAGAUUCCACACUGCGGGCUGCGCGGCUCUCUCACCUCCCGGAGACCCCGAGUACGCGGCCGGCAGCGACCGAGCGGCGACACCGGGGGGCGGCAGCCGGAGCCAUAAUCCCGGAAACCGGGGAGCGGCGCGGACAGAAGGGGCUGAGCCGGCGCGAAAGUGCGGCCGCGGGGAGCAGGCGGCUUUACUGGGAGACAGCGAGAGACAGCCGGGAGCGGAGAGACAGCCAGGUGAGAGAGACUCCGGGGGAGACACGGGGGGGAGAGAGACAGCCCGGAGCGGAGCGACAGCCAGGUCAGAUGUCCUCAGAUGGAGCCCGAGGGCGAGAAUCACAGGGCGGCCGGCUUCCAGUGGAGGAGUUACAAGCUGCUACUGGACCCUGAUCUCCACGCAGCGGCGCAGAAGGUUUACCGCUACGAUGGCGUGCACUUCAACAUCACCGUAAGAUCAGCAGCUCCAAGCACCGAAGGACCGUAUCUCCCGGUGGGCGAUGUCCGCGACCCUCGCCAGCAACGUAUGUGGAGUAAACCAAGAGAAAUUUCCCUCGCUGUUCCCAAGUUUAAGUUUGACGAGUUCUACGUUGGGCAGCUCCCCCAGAAAGAAGUCACCUUUGCCCACCUGAAUGAUAAUGUGCGGGAGCUCUUCCUAACGGAGAUGUGCCGCAAGUUCGGGAAUGUGGAGGAAGUGGAGAUCUUGCUGCAUCCGAAGACUCGCAAACACCUCGGACUGGCCAAGGUCCUCUUCUCCAGCUCCAAGGCUGCCAGGGAAACCGUGUCUCACCUCCACAACACGUCUGUGAUGGGUAACAUCAUCCACGCAGAGCUGGACCUCCGAGGUCAGCAGCGACAGAAAUAUUUUGACCUGAUAGUGAAUGGCUCGUACAACCCUCAGACUGUUCCAACGACCGGGAGGUGGGCGCAGGAGAGACUGCAGCCCGAGCCGGUGGACUCUCGUCGUCGCCUGUCAAGUGACACCACCUAUGUCCCCGGGAACGGGACCCCGUCGUCUCAGAACCCCAGCUCCACGUACAGCCAGUACACACCGUCUCUUUCCUCCUCGCAAGGCACCCCAUACACUCCUAGAAGUGGCACGCCCUACUCUCAGGACUCCGCCUACUCCAGCAGGCAGGGGACCCCCAGCCAUUCCAGUACGCAGGACACCUCAGGAUAUAAGUCAAGGCGCCAUGACAACAGUUCUGGAGAUUCAUUCUCUCGACGCUCCGGACACCACUAUUCACCUGCUUCCUCUUCCUCAUCAACCUCUUCCUCACACGAUAGUAGCCACAGACGUUACCACAGGCAUCAACACCGCACCUCCCCUCAGUCCUCCUACCGGUCUCGCCACCGGAAACCGCCUCCACCUCCAGAGGAGCCGCCCUUACACAGGUUUCCUGGGACUCCUCCGCUGCCAACACCUCCACCACUUCCUCCUGACGAACCUCAAACUGACCGGGAUUACAGACUGCCCCACCCACCCCUUCCUCCGUCCCCACCCUCCUCCUCUUUACCGAUUCCUCCCCCGCCGCCAGCAGAGGGAUGGGAACCUCCUCCACCACCACCCCCACUGCCAGCCUGCUCACCACCCCCGUCUCCUGCCCGAUCGUGUUCUCCUCUCCCAGACGGUAUUUCGGAGAGCCUGCCGUUCACGCAGCACAGCAGCAGUUUGGACUCCCGUAUUGAGGCUCUUUUGAAGGAGCAGCGCUCAAAGUUCUCCUUCCUCCCGUCUGACACAGAAGAAGAGGAUGAGGGGACGGCAGAUGGUGCCGGACAGGAGACAACAGUCCAUGAAGGUGUUCCACCGCCUGUGCAUGGGCCUUACACACCUCCUCCACCGGCCAGCUUUGAAGAUGUGUCUGCUGAGGCCAUCCUGAGGUUCGGUGAUAUUGGCAGAACGGCAAAUGGACAAGAACGGCUGUCAUCUGGAGAGGACAUGGAAAUAUCGGAUGAAGAAAUCGCCAUCGAGAUGCCUGCAGCUCCCGGUCCUCCUUUCUCUCUUCUGUCCCAUUUAACAGGACCCGGGGGUAACUUCCCCCAACAGCCCCUCCCAUCACCUCUGCUACCAUUGCCCGCACAUCCCCAUCACCAGGCCCCCAAUUCAUAUCCACUCCUGCCCUCCGCAGCUGCCAGAGGUCGACUUGGGGAACUGGCAGCACAGCCGGCCACCCCUCCGCCACUCGACCCCUCAUCAUCUUCUGCUUCAUCAGCCCCCCAUAUCUAUGACUUUGUGAACUCAAUGGAGUUGGUGAACCGGCUCGGUAACCAGUGGGGUGGGACCUCCAUGUCCUUCCAGAUGCAGACUCAAAUGCUCAGCCGCCUGCAGCAGAACAGGCAAGGCAAAGGGCAGCCCUUCGAGGAGCCCUAUCUCCAGCCCUUGCUCCCCCAUCCACUGCCCCACCAACAUCAACAGCCGCACCCUCCGCCGCUCAUGUCUGAGCAGGUGUUUGGCGCAGCCUACCCUCACUUCCCUUCCCAACAGCCCCAGCCCUUGUUACCACUACGGAACCUUCCUCCCAGGACAAACAGAGUGCUUGAUCAGGAGCCCCCACCUUUAGGCUGGGAUUUGGGAGGUGGAGUGGACCCACACGCGACCACUGUCAUGAGUGUGCUGUCUGCGCUUAUCCAGGAGAUGAAAAGCACCAUGCAGAGGGACUUAAACAGAAAGAUGGUGGAGAAUGUGGCAUUCAAAACCUUCGAUGAGUGGUGGGAGCGGAAAGAGGAGAUGGCAAAGCCUUUUCAGAGCAUGCCCAAACCACCUCCCCGGGAAGAAGACAAGGAGAAGAUACGACCUAAAGAGCCUGGCCUGCUUUCAUUGGUGGAUUGGGCCAAGAGUGGAGGUGCUGAGGGCUUUGGCUUUGGUACUGGGCUUCGGGAAGCUUUGCGACUUCCGUCAUUCAAGGUGAAGAGGAAGCAGCCGCCUGAGGGCGAGGACAGUGAGCAGAAGAGGCCCCGGCCUUCCACUCCAGCAGAGGAGGACGAGGAUGAGCGAGAGAAGGAGGCCCUGUCUGAGUCUCGUGCAGGAGCUAAGGCCACACAGCGGGAGGGUGAGAGGCCAAAGCACAAACGUAGAAACCCGUUCCACCUAGACAGCGAGGGUGAGGAAGCCUCUGAGGAGUCCGCAUCUGAUAAGGAGGAAGAUGAGGACGAUGAAAUCAGCGCCAAGGACGACGAUUCAGAAGAUGAGACGCCUCUUAUGAAACUUUCCAACAAGAUCGUGUCUGACGACAGCGACAGCUCCAGCGAGUCCGACAGCAGCAGCUCAUCCUCUUCCUCCUCCUCAUCCUCCUCCUCUUCUUCCUCCUCAUCGUCCUCCUCUUCUUCUUCCUCAUCACCAGCAUCCUCUGACGAUGAGGAAGAUCAGGAGGAUGCUCCUGAAACGCCAAUAGUUACUGAACCUCUGAGGCCCCCCAGCCCUGCACCCGUACCCCUGGAGCUCCAACCUAUCCUAGAGAAAGAGGAGUCACCCGAUGAGCCUCCUGUCCUUGACGUGAAGGAGGAGCCUUGUAUAGAAGCCCAACCCCAGGUGCCCCCACCGCCUACUCCCGUUACUCCCUCCAAACCAUGCGCACCUUCGUCCCCACCACUGCCGCUUCUCCCUCCUCCCAAGAAGAGACGUAAAACAGUCUCCUUCCUUCUCACUCCAGAAGAGGAGCCUGAGCCUACUGAAAGCAAAUCCCCAAAUCACCUUCUGCCGGGGAAAAUUACUCCUGAAGUCCCACAGGUCGCCCAGCUGGAGCCCAGCCUGGAACCUGCUCCACCCGUGGAUGAGACUCCUCUUUCUUUACCGAAAGCUCCUUCACCUGCACAGCCUACAGAGAUUCCCCAAAGCUCAAAACCAGAGGCCGAGCUGCCCCCGCCCCCGCCCCCUGCCAAAGAACCUCAGAAGGAACCAGCAGAACAGCUGACUGUAUUAAAUCUACCAUGGGACCAUGCAUGUCUGGUAAAGUCAUACCCACCCCGUACAGGACAAGAGGAAAGCAUGCAAUACGAUGGAGAGGAGGCUUUUGAUGAUGAGUGUGAGCAUGUGGAGGUGGAGAUGGUGGUACCUCUUCCAGAGCCACCACCGAAGCCAGAAACCCCACUUGCUGUUGUGCAGGAGCCUUGCGAGCCGGAGAGGACAGAACCAGUGGAAGAUGUCCUUUUUGUCUUUGUACGGCAGAUCCUACUGGAGCACAGUUAUGCCUCUAUUCCUGCCGCAUACAAGCUACCCUCCAAGAGGCAGCGGGGAGUCUCCGUGGAGUUGGAAAAGCCCAUCGAGAUCCUACAUGUAGACCUCAGACAGCCUGUGCUGGAGGCCCCGGAAGAAGUUGUGUGUGUAGGGGGCGGUUUACUGCCACGCUUGGAGGGUAAUACAGGGUAUCUGGAAGUUGGGGACAUGCAGUUGACCUCUCCCAGGAAAUUUGUGGACGGCAUGGCUAAAGUGACUCACGAGGACUUAAGGAGUAAAAACCGGAGACUACAGCAAGUUAAGGAGGAGUCGGAGCCUGGGGAGGUAACAUCAGAAGAGGAGGAGGAGGAAGAAGAGGAGGAAGAGUUGUGGGUGAGCACACGGCAGCUGAGGUCCCACAAGAACCGACGUCCUUUGAUACCCUUCUCCCCCCCGAAGUACGAUAUUCGCAGUGAGUUCGAGCAGAUGACCAUCCUCUACGACAUCUGGAACAACGGGCUGGAUACAGAAGACUUGGUCUUCCUAAAGGAAACUUAUGAGAGGCUACUACAAGAAGACCACAGUACAGACUGGUUGAACGACACCCACUGGGUGCCCCAUACGAUCACCAACAUUGCCGACCCCAAGCGACGGAAGAAUCGCCAGGACGGGCUACGCGAGCACCAGACCGGUUGUGCCCGUAGUGAGGGUUACUACGUCAUUAGUAAGAAGGACAAAGACAAGUACCUGGAUGUGAUCCCUGUGUCUGUACGGGAGCUAGACACAGAUAUACAGGGAAACAACCGGGUGCUGUCUGAGCGCCGCUCGGAGCAGAGACGCCUGCUCAGUGCCAUUGGCUCAUUCUCCUUGCUGGACAGUGACCUGCUUAAACUUAACCAGCUCAAGUUCCGGAAGAAGAAGCUUCGCUUCGGCCGCAGCCGCAUCCACGAGUGGGGUCUCUUUGCCAUGGAGCCCAUCGCAGCAGACGAGAUGGUGAUAGAGUAUGUCGGACAGAACAUACGGCAGGUGGUGGCCGACAUGAGGGAGAAGCGAUAUUCCCAUGCAGGUAUCGGUAGCAGCUAUCUGUUCCGGGUUGACCAGGAUACCAUCAUCGAUGCCACCAAAUGCGGGAACCUGGCCCGAUUUAUAAACCACUGUUGCACGCCUAACUGUUACGCCAAAGUGAUCACGAUCGAGUCCCAAAAGAAAAUAGUAAUUUACUCUAAGCAAGCAAUAGGAGUGAACGAGGAGAUAACAUACGACUACAAGUUCCCCAUCGAGGAGAACAAGAUUCCCUGUUUAUGUGGUACUGAGAACUGCCGGGGCACCUUGAAUUAACCACGUGCCUUGUGCCAGCUCCGGUCAUCGGCUCUGCGGCACUGCUUACGGUGGCCAAAGCAAAUUGGUGAAUGGAAUGGGCCAAAUUCUUGUUUUUUUCCGGGGCCCAAGGAGAAAGAAAUGGGCCUGUAAAGUGUAAAUGAAGAGAACGUGGCAUAUGCUGGUGCCCAUCGCGGUGCCUGGUACAAGGAAAGUGACAUUAUCAUCUUUUGAUAUUUAGUUGUUUUUUUUAUUUUUUUAUUCUAUUUACUUUCUCUGUUUCCGAGAUAUCAGUGGCCUGGCUUUUUAACGGCACUUUAAAACAGCGUCAGAUACGUAAACCAUGACAGCGUUUACCCUGAGCUCUCCUUGUGACGGUAUCACCACUUAAUUUGUUCAGUCGCACAGGGCGUACUUAUAAAUGUUCUUUUUUUUUUUUCCUAGCCAUUUUUUUUUUGGCUUAUUUUUCUAUAUAUUUUAGUUAUCUGUUCUUUUUAUUCCUUUCUGGGAGUAUGUUAUUUAUACAGGGCGUCAGCCAAGAGAUUAGGCUCCUCCCACCCCUCCCCCAUUGACUUCAGCUGAGAUCGUUCCAAGGUUCUUGAGCCGCAACACCAAGACACUCGAGAACCCUUUGCUUAAGCUGUGCACCGACUGAACCCUUUCCGGCAUACAAGGUCCCCGGGGUUGACCCUUCUGACUUCCGCAUAUCCAUGAUAAGGGCAAGGACUGUGUAACGCACAAGCCCACCUUCGAUGAGGAUAUUUCAUUGACUUCCUGAGAGAUCUGCGGCCUUUCACAAGGAUGGGGCUUAUUGACAGAGUGAAUAAUAUUGGCCCCCGAGCCUAUUUGUUGUGCACCAGUGUGGCCCCUCAUACCUGUAUAUACGAGCACACUACGCUAUGUUUAUAUGUAUAUAAAGCUGACUGCAAACUCUGCAAUGACCCAGAGACUGGUCAUUAAUGACAUUUUGAUGGUGACAGAGGCCACCCUGAUCGGCCCACACCUUCCCCUCCAUUCCUCCUACCAGGUAUCUCCCCUGGGUGUAUCUUCCUUGGUCAAUUAUUUUUGAAGAUCGUCCCUGUCCUUUAUUUUAGAAUUCAAGCCCCUUCUCUCCUGCAAUCACGUCUUACCCGCUCACUAUUAAAUACACCUUUGGGUCAUUUUAUUUUAAUUCUAACCACUUGAAAAGCUGGUUUUGGGCCUUAACUUUUAAUUUAUUUGAUAACAUUUCUUUUAAAUUUCAAGGUUUUACCCGUACAGCCAGGCAUCCCGUGUAGAUAGUUAGGGGCUGGAGGUUUUAUUUUGUCUCCAUGAUAAAAGACCAGGCCGCUUUUUUAGCAUUUCCGUAAGAUGCCUAUUUUAGCAAGUUCCAAAACCAAUGAGCAAACAUUUACACACACAUUACAUUAUUCUGUCCACACACAGUUACAUAGGGUGUAUCUAGACGUUCCCCUAUAAGUUCCUGUGACCUCACGCUACAUAAAUUUUCUUUAUUCCUUCCAUUCUGCAGUUGCCCCUGUGGAGCUUUUGGCGGAGUGGGCACCGUGUCUUGUUUUAGGGAGGUAUAAGGGGGUCUUCUAUGGAGGGAGGUCAGGUUUAGGCAUGGAUCUAUGAGGGAUGUGGGGGUGUCGGGCCUGAGAACGUUGUAUAUUCUGUAUAUUAACUGCUUUGUUUCUUGUAGAAACACGAGUUUAUUACCUAUA